ACCGUGGACGCUCGCUGAUGGUUUCAAUUCUAGAGAGGAAAGGACACGAGGUUUCGGGAACGUGCUCUGGGCACUGUGUCCAGAAGCACACUUGGGACUGGAAGGCAGUCCAAGUUCACUGGCUUGGAUGUGCAUGAGAAUAGCUCUCGCAAGGAGGCUCAGGUCACCUCCUUGAUGGUUUUGCAAAGAACCCAGACCAGUGACGGAGCAUCCAGCACUCUGCAGCUUGGAGAAGAGGAAAGAAACCCGGCUGCCCACUGAGCGAUGAGCAAGGUGCCCUCGGCAUACAGGUUGCGCGGAGUCACCAGGUCAAAGGCAGGUCUGAUUGGCACGUACCGGGGCAGAACGGGGAAAAGAGUGGACUGCAGCUUCCCAGCGCAGUAGAUGUAGCGUGUCCGCGCAGCCCCGGGGCUCUAGCUAGCUGAGAGCUGGCAGAGAGCCGCGCGAGUUCCCCGGGGCGUCCCCGAUCGCGUGCCCCGCGGCCCCAGCGAGCGCCCAACUCCCUAACUCCGGGACUUUGGCAAAGCUGCAGCAGGCGGGGAGCGGCGGAGAAGCAGGACGCACCAUUGGAGCCCGCGGGGGGGGUAGCAGUCAGGAGCCGGGGCCCUCCUGCAUCCUGGAGGAUGGAGAUGCUCUAUAAGUAAAUGGAGGAUUGAAGAAUGGAGGCGCCUAGGGCUCAACCAUGGAUCUUUUGGCGGAAGGCGAGGUUCAAGACCUGGAAUGAGAAGCCAGGGGAUGAUGGGGUUGGAGCGCACCCCCACGGCGCUGACAUAGUGGAGGAGCCCUGCUCCCCCGCCGGCGAGCGGCGGAAGUGCCGCGGAGUUGGAGCGGGGCCGGCGCCGCGGCCGCUUCUGCUGGCCGAACUGCUGCCGCCGCCGGGCGGACGGGCGGACGCGCAAAGCCGGGGGCGGGCGCGGCGGGGCGGACCGGCCCCGAUGAGGCGCAAAGAGAAGCGGCUCUUGCAGGCGGUGGCGCUGGCUCUGGCGGCCCUUGUCCUGCUGCCCAACGUGGGGCUCUGGGCUCUGUACCGCGAGCGGCAGCCGGACGGCAGUCCUGGGGGAUCCGGGGCGGCGGUGGCCCCGGAGGCGAUACAGGGUUGGUUUUCCUCCUGCAGAGCUUGGGAGCUGCUUUUGACAUUCCCACCGCAGGAAUCCCAAGCCCAGCUCCUCCUUCAGAGCCAGGAACUCUGGCUUUGGACUCAGGCAUCACCAGGAAGGCACCUCUUGGACACCCUGGACUUACCCUCAUACACAGAAUCUGUGGCUGAAUUACACAGUCGGCAAAAAAAGACACUUUUCUUGGGAGCUGAACAAAGGCUGAAGGACUGGCAUAACAAGGAGGCUAUCAGGAGGGAUGCGCAGCGCGUAGGAAAUGGAGAACAGGGGAAGCCUUACCCCAUGACCGAUGCUGAGAGAGUGGACCAGGCAUACCGGGAAAACGGAUUUAACAUCUACGUCAGUGAUAAAAUCUCCCUGAAUCGCUCUCUCCCCGAUAUCCGGCACCCAAACUGCAACAGUAAGCUUUACCUGGAGACGCUUCCCAACACCAGCAUCAUCAUCCCUUUCCACAACGAGGGCUGGUCCUCACUGCUGCGCACCGUUCACAGCGUGCUCAACCGCUCGCCCCCAGAACUCGUGGCGGAGAUCGUGUUGGUCGAUGACUUCAGUGACCGAGAACACCUGAAGAAGCCACUAGAAGACUACAUGGCCCUGUUCCCCAGCGUGAGGAUUCUCCGGACAAAGAAACGGGAAGGCCUGAUAAGGACCCGAAUGCUGGGGGCUUCGGCCGCCACCGGAGAUGUCAUCACAUUCUUAGAUUCACACUGUGAAGCCAACGUCAACUGGCUCCCCCCUUUGCUUGACCGCAUCGCUCGGAACCGAAAGACCAUCGUGUGCCCAAUGAUUGACGUCAUCGACCACGAUGACUUCCGGUACGAGACACAAGCCGGGGACGCCAUGCGGGGUGCCUUUGACUGGGAAAUGUAUUACAAACGAAUCCCAAUCCCUCCAGAGCUGCAGAAGGCGGACCCUAGUGACCCAUUUGAGUCUCCUGUGAUGGCCGGAGGGCUGUUCGCUGUGGAUCGGAAAUGGUUCUGGGAGUUGGGCGGAUACGACCCUGGCUUGGAGAUCUGGGGAGGGGAGCAGUAUGAGAUCUCCUUCAAGGUGUGGAUGUGUGGGGGCCGCAUGGAGGACAUCCCCUGCUCCAGAGUGGGCCACAUCUACAGGAAGUAUGUGCCCUACAAGGUCCCUGCCGGAGUCAGCCUGGCCAGGAACCUGAAGAGAGUGGCUGAGGUGUGGAUGGAUGAGUAUGCAGAAUACAUCUACCAGCGCAGACCGGAAUACCGCCACCUCUCAGCUGGAGACGUUGUGGCCCAGAAAAAACUCCGAGGCUCCCUCAACUGUAAGAGCUUCAAGUGGUUUAUGACCAAAAUUGCCUGGGACCUGCCCAAGUUCUACCCACCUGUGGAACCCCCGGCUGCGGCCUGGGGGGAGAUUCGCAAUGUGGGCACAGGACUGUGCACAGACACGAAGCAUGGCACAUUAGGCUCCCCGCUGAGGCUUGAGACCUGCAUUCGGGGCCGUGGGGAGGCUGCCUGGAACAGCAUGCAGGUCUUCACCUUCACCUGGCGGGAGGACAUCCGGCCUGGAGACCCUCAACAUACCAAGAAGUUCUGCUUCGACGCUGUUUCCCACACCAGCCCAGUCACCCUCUAUGACUGCCACAGCAUGAAGGGCAACCAGCUGUGGAAAUACCGCAAGGACAAGACCCUGUACCACCCUGUUAGCGGCAGCUGCAUGGACUGCAGCGAAAGUGACCACAGGAUCUUCAUGAACACCUGCAAUCCCUCCUCCCUCACCCAGCAGUGGCUCUUUGAACAUACCAACUCCACGGUCUUAGAAAAUUUCAACCGAAACUGAGUCCUUAGACCUCCUUGACAAGCCCCUCAGGUUGCUGUGGCACUCAUAGACCUUCCUCCUGUGGGAGAAGAGGCAUCCGUGGGCACCAAGGUGCUGGGCCAAGUGGCUUGGGACAGAGGGUUCUUGAAGUACUUGCGUGGUGGGGCCAUGGGGAGAAGAGACCACACGAACAGCUCUCCAAGAAGGUAGAGCCUGCUUACAUAGUAGCAGAGUUCACCAGCCUGUCAGCAUUGUCUCCUAAAGGUUAGGGUUGAACCAGAAAAUCAGUCCUACGAGGUUGCCUAGCCCUUGGGCUACUGCCAGACAAGACAGUGCCCUAGAAGGAAAGGUGGUAUUGGCCUUGGGACAGAUUUUAAGCCUGUGUGCUAGCUACUGGCAAGGAUGUCUGCCCGUGCUGAGGGGAGACUGCCAGUACUGCCCAGCUUCUAUGUUGGUCCAGGGCACUGAGAGCCCACUGGGACCUCAGAGUGCUCUGUAGCUAGCGCUGGCCAGCAACCAGACAAGGAGCUUCUUUCUCUGCAGCCAAAUGUAAGGGGUGUCUUCCCUGGCUCUCUGGGUAUUUCAGAUGCCCGUUCUAGUUACAGGGCUAUCCGGGUACCAGGUUUUCGGGGCUGGUUCAGCUGGCUCAGUAGACCUCCAGACCAAACAGCUCCCAGCCAAUGCUUCCAAAGCCCUUUCUCUGUGCUUUCCUUGGCAGCUCCCCUGCCUUGGAGAGGAACGGGUGCUGCGAGAUGCUCACCUCCAGAGUUCCCCUGGGGGUGGCGGCUUCCCCCAGAUAAUGACCGUUGUGGUUCCAACCUCACAGAACCCUGGAGUUUCUGAAAAGUGCUGCAAACAAAGAUGAGCCAUGGCAUGCGUGGGCACAGAGCGCAAGCAUCCAGGUGUCAGGCAACCCCUCACCCGAGCGGAGGCAGUGGGACACCGGAAGCUUUGGUACAACCCAGUGCCCUGUGAGGAGUGAGGACGUCCCCUUUAACCCCAUGUCUCAAAUGAGAACUUACCCUCCAAGGAUGUGGUUACUUGACCUUGUCAUUUGCCAGUGAAGUAACUGAGAUGUGGUCCUGGGGACAGAGCCCUGCCUUAGAGAUGCUGGGAUCAGGGUCAUCCAGUCCUCAGGUCGGCCAGAUGGCUGGUGUAGAGUCACCUCCAUGCAACCCCUGCGCUGUCACAGCUCCCUUGUGGAUUUCUAGUGUCCUUUUCCAUAUGAGCAUUCUACCUGACAAAUGACCAGCUGGGAAGGAGUCAGAGGGGGUGGGGGGUGAGCGUCUAGAAUCCAGUGGGGACACGUGUUGCAGCCAAGGGGAGUCGAGUCCUCGGAGAGCAAUGCGGCCUCAUUUCAAUAAAAACCGUGCCUUUUACAAAGAGAAAAUGCAGUCGAGCAGCUGACUCCCUAAACUUGAACCACUUCUUAGUGCCUUGCUAGACAGACGGGUGGGGGGGGGGGGGCUUACGCAGGUCCUAUGAGCAGACUGGGUGUCUUUAUAUCUGACUUCAAGCAGAAAGUGCUAGGCUUGGAGCAGAACUGAGACCCAGAGGCCCCCCACAGUAGGGAAACUGCCUAUCUGUGCAGCCCUCCCUGAGACUGGACAGCUCUAGUAGCCUACAAGUUCUAGAGACCUGACAACCCUGUGGGUAGGAGGUGCUGAUCCCCCCAGAAGUGCUCUGCCCGUCCCUCGCUAUCAGGGGCGAGCUGUAUUUCCAGGUGAUGUUAAGCCGGUGGUUAAAGCAGAUGCUGCCACAAGCCAUCCCUGGCCUUGCUUGCCCCAUUCAUUUCCAUUCUCAUCUGGUUUGCCCCCUCCUCCAGUGGUCACUUCCUCUGAGCUCACCUCAGCAUCUGUGACUGCUGGACUCUGACCUUAAAGCAUAAGACUUGAGGAGGUGUGUCACAGGAAGGACCAGGCGGGCCUAGUGGCUGGCUACAGGUACUUCAAUCCCCACCUUGUUUUGGCUUCAGGUGUGGAAACCCUUGUCCAGAAGAGUCAGGUUUCUACUCUGCACAGGCAGGAAGGCCUGUGGACACGCCACAGCCAAGCAACAAGCCAGGCAGCUGGCCUCUCUUCCUCCAAAGCUUUACUUCAAGGCUAAGACUGCAAAACAAAAUGCGGUUAGAAAGUCACCUCCCAAAUGUUCCAGAAACAUUUUUGGAAUGCAGUGUCCUUGCUACGAGGCCUUUGUGUGGCAAGCUGUCUUACCCUGUCCUGCCACCUGGAGUGUCUGGCUUUAAAAGCAGCCGGCAAUGGUGGACCUUCAGUUGUGGCGGGAGCUGCUCUGAUGGGCAAGCCUAGUGGAUUCCCAGAGUCAGCACCACGACUCCCCUUCAGUCCUUCCUGUUACGCUUCUCCCUGCGUGUAGCCAAGAAGUGGUGGCGUGUUUAACUGAAGACAGGCAGUGGGAAAGGGACAAGGAGUGCAGUUCCACCCUGCAUCCGGUCAACACUUGCUGCUGGUGCUUUCUACGACAAAUCCUAGUCAUAUUUUGGUUUAAGGUUUUGAUGCUGAAUCAGGGCCCUGCUGCCCCCAUUGGGUGAGAGUAAUAGCUGUUUCGAGAUCUUAACAGGUUCCACUCUGCUCUGACGGGAAGGCUGGGGUCCCCUGGGGUGGGGGGGCUGCAGGCAGGGAAGCUGGGCACUGAGACAGGGUUCUGUGGGGGAAGCCCAAGACCACCCACCUCUCCUGGAAGAGUGAGCUCUGUAAAAGAUGACUUACCAUGUUCAGUUGUGACUGUGAUUGUUCAAUAAAUCUCCAGAGUUUCUCUAAA